AUGGUGCUUGUGCAACUCGCUCCUUUCCAGUGGAACCAGGCGAACGCCGAUGUUUGCAAAGACUACCUACAGGCUAUCUGUCUUUAUAAAGGCGACAAUAUUGCGCCCAUCAUCAAAAUAAUCGGCAGCAUCGAUGCUUCCGGUGGUCUCCCCGCGAUCGAUGAGUUUCCUUCGCGCCGCAUGCUGCUUGAUCUGUCCUGGCCCGCGAUCUUUGGGCUCUCCCUAUUUGCAUCUAAUCGGGAUCUUAUGACAUUUGCUCGAGCUAUGGAGUCAAUCUGGCUGGUGUACUUCUUACACAGCCUGCGCUUCCAGGCCGUUGGGUGGUAUCUCUGGUUCCGGAGCGUGACAUCGGGUCGCUCUGAGGGCGAAGUGCAUUACGCGCCUACAGAUCUCCGGUUAGGGAGAGAUAUCGCCGGAGAGCUAGGGCCUAUCGACCUUGUCAUUCACCGCUUAUACUCUUUGUGGAUGCAAGAGCGCGGUUAUCCCGGAAUGGGGCACGGGAUGGACUACGACAGGGUCGUUAAUGUCUCCAAUCUCUGUUUACGGAUAACGUCUACUCUACAGUAUCGCCAUAUGUGA